AGAAUGAGUACCAGCCCUCAGGAUCUGACAGUGUUGGUUAAUUACAGAGAUUUUCAUCUCCAGUGGGAUACAAGAGCUGAGGGACUUGUUCCCAGGUGACAGCCUGCACCCUGGAAGACUCUACUGGAUUCAAAACGGCUGACCGACUAGAUCUCUCAUUCCAGGCUUAUUUUGGACCCCAGUCUUCAUACCCUUUCUGGCCCCUGUCCAAAGGAUACCUUCAGAGAUUAGCUCAAGAUGUUUGUCCAUACCAUCCUAAUCCACCUUAUCCUCACCCUACUUCUGGGUCCUGCUUCAUUGGCCCAGAACAGCAAACAGUCCGAGCAAGACUCGAAGGUGUCUAAUCAGACCGCAAUGCCCUCGGGCGCACCAGAGGUGACACUGGCAACGCCAGGCAAUGAUGCAGAAGAUCAGGCAAUGCCAUCCAUGGGCAGUCGUUGCUGGGGUUAUUACGAUGUGAUGGGCCAGUGGGAUCCUCCCUUUAACUGCAAUGUGGGCAUCUACCUAUUCUGCUGUGGCUCCUGCUUCUACCGUUUUUGUUGCCAGUUCAAGCAACACCGACUGGACCAGACAGCCUGUUCCAACUAUGACACACCAGUGUGGGCCAACACUGGCCGGCCAGCCGCGCCCGUCACUGAGGUGCAGGAGGAACCCGAUCGUGACCGAACCCACAUGAUUGUUUACAUCAUCUGCGGGGUGGUGGCUAUCAUGGUGCUGGUCGGCAUCUUUACCAAGCUAGGCCUGGAGAAGAGCCAGCAGGGCCAGACUGACAUGACCAACUCCAGGACAUUGACUGAGCUCCUUAAACAGCCUGGAGGUGAUAUGGGUUGCAUGGAUGGGAUAGGGGGCAACCACUCUAUGGGAACUAACGGUAUCUCUGCCAGGGGACAACGCAACACAAACGACCACAACCACCUGAACAACGUGGCACUCUCCCCCCUCAGCCCAGCGAUGACGCUCACACACCCCAACAACAACCUUAACAUGGCCAGCCUGGGCUUCAACAAGUACACUUCACUCAAAGGAACGGACACCAGAGAUUACUACAAAAGCUAUCCUCUGAUGGACUACUCCCACCACCAGGCCACCCCCCCGACAUUCCAGCCAAUUGCCCUCCACCCGAAGGAGAAGUCCUUUCUACCACGGCCUGACAUCCACGCCCCGCUGGCCAUCACCAUCACAGCCUCGCAGCUGCCCAAGCCCAAGAUCUCCAAGACCAACACACACCCCCUCACAUCCAGCUCAGCUUUCAAAGCCUGGGACCCCAGCAAGAGCUACAUCCAACACCAGGCAUCGCACCUGGGCCAGUCAACCUCCAGCCGUCGCCAGGCCUACUCUGGAAAGAGGCAGUUCAGCAUUGAGACGCUGCCGGAGCUGUUUUCUCAGCCACUAGGAUACGGGCACAAUUCACACCAAACGCAACACCCCCCAAAACUGAAAGGACUGCCCACCAACAGCAAAACGGAAGUGACGGUCUGAGAAGAGACCCUCAGACGCUAGAAGAGCACACUGAGAGAAACAGACACACACUGCAGCUGGUGGGGAAGCAGGCACAAGCCUAUUCAAGUUAUCUUCUCUCUGGAUUUUCUUGGCUAGUGAAUUUUGACAACCUCCAUGGAUCCUUAAAUCCUCGUCCUGCGCUAUGCGGAUCCCAUCUUCUCCGUA